AUGGUUCAAAUUGAUUCGUCUCUCAUAGCCUCUGACAGCAAAGGAAAGAGCUCUGGUGUUGAAGGAAUUGGUGUGAAUUAUGGGUUCUUGGGAAAUAAUCUGCCAUCAUCAACGCAAGUGAUCAAUCUUUUAAAGUCCAGAAACAUUCAAAAUAUUCGAAUUUUCGAUCCUAACACGGACGUGUUAAAGGCACUAGAUGGUUCUGGAAUUUCUGUAAUUCUUGGUACUCGAAAUGAAGACCUGCAAGCACUUGCAAGUGAUCCAACUUUUGCAACAAAUUGGGUACUCACUAACGUUAUUCCACAUGCUUCAACUGUUAAAUUCACAUACAUAUCAGCAGGUAAUGAAGUCAUACCUGGACCAUUAGCAACUUUUGUACUAGGAGCCAUGCAGAAUUUGGGUUCGGCGCUAACAGCCUACAACCUUCAUAUACCUGUUACGACCACAAUCUCGUUACAAGUUUUAGGAACCUCGUUUCCCCCUUCUAAUGGAACAUUCUCCGAUGAUGCCGUUCAAUUUCUGCAACCAAUUGCACAAUUUUUAGCUACAAAGCAAUAUCCGCUACUGGCUAACAUCUAUACUUAUUUUGCGUAUGCUGGAAAUCCCGCUCAAAUUCAAUUAGACUAUGCACUUUUAAAAACUACGGCUCCAGUUCUUAGAGACGGCCAAUUCCAAUACAACAACAUGUUUGAUGCAAUGGUGGAUUCUCUGUAUGUGGCAUUGGAGAAAGUUGGACAACCUGCAAUGCAAGUCGUGGUUACAGAAACAGGAUGGCCGAGUGCUGGUGAUGUUUAUGCAACUAUAGACAAUGCUCAAACAUAUGCAAACAAUUUGAUUUCACAUGUUUCUUCUGGGCAAGGAACUCCUAGGAGGUCUGGAAAAGUUUUGGAGACAUACAUUUUUGCUCUCUUCAAUGAGAAUCAAAAGCCCGCUGGUACCGAGCAAAAUUUUGGUUUAUUCUACCCCGAUAUGACUGAAGUUUACCACAACAACUUAACACCCUAAAGGAAUUAAUGUGUAUAUAUAGCAUAGGCCGCAACACCUCAAUUGGGUUCCUCCAUAGGGAUUAGAUAACUUUCCAG